CAUCAUGAUCAUCCUGUUUCAAAACUUCUAUCACUGAUACUGGUCUUCGAUGUCCCUCUUUAAUUGGUCCAGGGAGGAAUACGUGUGGAUAACUAGACUAGUUCUAGGUAUCAGGAGUUUUUCGGUUCUCCUGCAGCCAGUUGGAUCAUUGAUCCUUCCUCCACCAAGUGACCGAUGAGGACAAACAUGGUAUGCUCGUGGGUGCAUCGUACUGAAAAUAACUUACUCGGCGCCCUGAAUCUAACACGGCUCUAACACCCUCACCACACUAGCAGUCAUGCUUCCCAGUCCGCUCUGAGCUGCAUACACCGUGCACGUCCAACUCCAUCCAAAUUGAAAAUCACACUAUGUCUGUUGUAUAUCAACAUCCAUGAAGAUGCACCACUACAUAGUCUAGGCACAAGGCUGCACCGACGAAGGUACCCUCUCGCGUCGCAUGGCUGUUCGUCCCAAGCAUCUACUAAGAGCUAAGAAACUCGUUGCACGUAGAGUCACCAAAGUAGCUGGUGGUCUCUUGACGCCCGAAUCGCAGGAUGCAGAGCUCCAACAGGAAAUUCGUAGGGUCUGCGCUUAUUUACGAAGUGGAGAACUUGGGGGAUGUGAGGAGGUGGAUUUGUAUCGGAAGGAAGGCAUUGUAAAUUAUGCUUGUUUAGUUCAUUUUCUCUCUCGGACAUGCUGAUCGUCUUUUGGGAAGUAGGAUAAGGCGAAGCUAGCCCUUCUUUUGAUGGUGGUAACAACCGUCCUUCAGAAUUCAGCUGGUAUCACUUAACCAGCGCCGAAAGAUGAAGGCUGACAAGAAAAUGAAUCGUUCGGAAUAAUUAUCUGUGAAGCGAAGGAAUGCGCGAUGGUCACGAAUCUCCCUGCAGACAUGCACUUAUAUCUUGUAAAAAUCAAUAUUCGCUUCGAUCCCACAACUGGGUUUCCCGACCAUCACGUCCCAACCGCUACGCCGGUCUUCUCUUGCGCGUUCUCGGU